UUGCACAGAAAAUAAUUUCCACUGGCAUAAAUUGGCAUUCACAUAACAGCAUUAGCAGAAAACAAUAAAAUGGGAGGUAACAAAACCUAAAGUGAAGAGUAAGGGUUGUGUGUUUGUUUACUUGGUCAGCUGAUACAGGAAGUAUCACUUAACCUGCGAACUUGACAUGACGUGAUUGUGGGCCAUUUAACUCUAUUCUCCAGUGAUUAUUUUUCAGUCAACACCGUCCAAGUUAUACAGGAUCAUCGUUUAAAAUGGGUUGUUGCAAAUGUUGUUGUAUACUCCUGCUGGUGACAGUCAUCAUCAUUGCUGGUAGCUUGGGUCUUUUUUCGGCCUUCUUCCCGUACCCAAGCCAUGCAUCUUGUCGCGUUGACUGGGUAUUUGGCAAGUCCUGUUCUACUGUGAAAUCAACAUUUAUUAGCCAGAUAAAAAAAUGGAGCCAUAAUGACUGCAGUCUCAAACAACAGUGCAACUAUGAGUACUUGGGUGAAGAUGGUAAUGCCAUCCGAGGUUUCCAUGUGACACCCUGGAUGUCAUUUGUUGACAGAUUUAAUUUUACAUUUACCGAUGGGGAUGAUGCUCUUUGUCAUGUCCAGGCUAUCAGUGAGUCUGCAGCUUCUUAUGCCAUUAUUGACUUUGGUGUGAACUACUGCAAUCUACGUAAUUUAGUGAUUGGAUCAAAACUUGAUGAGAAUGAUAGUUACUACAAAGAAAAUUCUACCAAUUCAGUCUGCACAAUGUAUUCUAUUGCACAUUGUAAUUUAUAUACUUAAAAAGCCAUCAUUGUUGUUCAUUUAUGGUAGAGAGCAAGCAGAUUGAAGGCUAUGAUGAGGUAGCUAAAAUAUGGUACACAUAGCUGUAUGUAUUUUAUACAUAAAAUAUUCAGGCUAUUUUUUGUAUACAAUUUCUAGAUGCAUUUUUACUUUUAUGACUUUUAAGAUGAAAAAUGAAGGUAAAAAAUAUUUUUUACUGUAAUUAACUUCUGACUAUGCAAAGAGGAAGGAUGUUACCAAAAUUGGCAUAUAAUAAUAUUUCUCCUGCAAUCUUUUUAAUACUAAAAAUUAAUGAUCAUUGUUCAUUAUUAUAAUUGGGUCAGACGUCUGCUGUUGUGGGUCUUGUGUUUUCAUAUACGUACUAUUAUAAAAAUAUAUCCUAUAUUUUUUUAUAUAUGUAUUAGGAAUGUAAAAAUACAUGUCAUCUUUGGACUGAACAUUUCCAGUUCCAGGUUUGAAUCCUGCAGGUACAUUUAAUUCCACUUAAGAGGAAAUUAGACAGUAUUCUUUAGUAAUGAUAAGGUGCAGUAUUGACAACAGCUGUGAUUUUUUUCACAAUAGUUUUAUCUAAAUCUUUUUACAGAGAUAUGAUCCUUAAGGAUUCGGAGCUUUCCAUGAAUACUGUAUAAAAAUAAAAUAGAAAUUAAAACCUUUCAAAAGUACCGUGCUGUAUUUGCUUUCUGGCGUAGUUGUUAUGCAUAACAUAAUUGUUCAAAUAUUGUACAGUAUAUAAUAAUGUGACUUCUAUUACUGUGUUCAUUAACAUGUUUUGUUUUCAUAGAGGUGCAGAUAUUAUUUAGGGUAUUAUGAUACAUAUGAGAAUCUUCACAUUUUUUUUAUUUACUGUAUAGUAUAAUAUUUCAUCUUUGAAAUGAUCUUGUGGGUGGAAGGAGAUGCAGACUGUCCAUUUCCCUCGUUAAGCACAAAAAUGUGAUAUGAACAUGCACAUUUUUUUUUUUUUUUUUAACACUUCAGCCAUCUCCCACUGAGGCAAGGUGACCCCAAAAAGAAAGACACACACCAUCAUUCACACAAAAUCACUGUUUUUUGCAGAGGCACCCAAAUAUGACAGUUUAGAUGACACUCCAAACAGCCAAUAUCCUAAACCCCUCCUUUAAAGUGCAGGCAUUGUACUUCCCACCUCCAGGACUCAAGUCUGGCUAACUGGUUUCCCUGAAUCCCUUUACAAAAUAUUACCCUGCUUACACUCCAGCAACUCAUCAGAUCCCAAAAAACCAUUAAUCUCCAUUCACUCCUAUCUAACAUGUUCACACAUGCCUGCUGCAUGUCCAAGCCCCUUGCACAUAAAACCUCUUUUACCCCCUCUAUCCUUUCCUAGGACAACCCUUACCCCUCCUCCCCUCCACUACAGAUUUAUACACCGAGGUCAUCCUAUUUUGCUCCAUUCUCUCUAAAUGACCGAACCACCUCAACAAUUCUUCAGCCCUUGAAAUAAUACUUUUAGUAACUCCACACCUCCUCCCAUAAUAUUUGCACUAGGAGCAAGGGGCUGGUAACCCCCUCUCUGUAUAUGUUACUGAAUAUAAAGAGAGAAACAUUAGUUAUUCUUUUUAGGUCACCCUGCCUUGGCGGGAUACGGCCAGUUUGUUGGAAGAAGUAGUAUAUGUAAUAUAUGCAUUUAAAGCUUUAUUUUUCUUGACUUAUAAUUAACUUAGUGAUUGAGUAAUUAUUGACACAAGAGUAGGGAAGCUUGUGUAAUGUACUCUAGAUGGUAUUGACCUCGACACUCGGCUGCUCAAAUCAUAUCAAAACAGUUCAAACAUAGAUCCUUGUUGUAGUGAAGAAACUAAGUGUACAGUAAUUGUUAUAAAAUGGAGAGUUUAGGAACAUUAUUAUACACCUACACAAAAAAAAUGUCCUUGUUACUCGCUGAUCUUCCAUAUAUUAAUAUUCAACAAUGUUUCAUGUUAGUCUAAAAUGUUUUUACCAGAGCUAGUACAGUAACUAAUUGUUUGAAAGUGAUUAUUUUAUACAUUGUAUAUUUAACGUUUUUAAUUUUUAUUGUACACUGUCCUUCUCGUGUUUCUUACAAUAAACAGAAAUAUCCUUAAUCUCUAAGGUCUUUUGCAAUGCAGUACUGUACUAAAAUUAUUCAAGAGAUACAUUAUUAGUCUAAUUUUUUUUUAUUUAAUGUAAUGCAAAUGUAUUGAAAGACUAAAAAAAAUAUUAAAUUGUGAGUUGAAAUA